AUUUUUCAAAAAUGAACCCUUUGUAGUUGUCAAUGUCAUCCGUCAAAUAAAUUUCAAAACAAUACAAAAAAUAGCGAUUGUAUCUUUUUAUUCUAUUAUCAAUGAAAAUAUGGAGAAGUUACCGCCAAAACCGAGAAAAACCAGAGGUUUAGAUAAAGAGGAGCUGAUGAAACUCGAUAAAGAAGACCUUGUGGACAGGAUAAUACAAUUAGAAGCCCACAACUUUCAGUUAAGGAAUAUAAUAAGUCGGGAUCUCGGGCGUGAGCCUAAAGACUUCACGAAGGAUGGACAAAGACAGUUUGAUUUUAGAAAGUGUAACUUCCGCCGUGUCCUACUCCGAGUUCUAUACUUCGGUUGGAACUACAACGGUCUUGCCGUCCAAGAGGAUAACAACCAGACGAUAGAGCACCAUCUUUUUAAUGCUUUAAUAAAGUGCUGCCUUAUUGAAAGUAGGGAGACAUCCAACUAUCAUCGCUGCGGACGGACUGAUAAAGGUGUCAGUGCUUUUGGACAGGUAAUUUCAAUAUCUCUCCGAACAAAAUUUUCUAUUGAGGAACAGAAUACACCUGAAGCUUUGAGAAAAGAGAUGCCGUACUGCAAGAUGCUGAACAGACUGCUUCCUAAGGACAUUAAGGUGGUCGCCUGGGCACCGAUACCGACUGAUAAUCCCGAAUAUAGUGCCAGAUUUGACUGCAAGAAACGCCAAUACAAAUACUACUUCCCAAGGUCGUCUCUUAACAUCGAGGCUAUGAGGUCAGCAUGUCCUCAGCUGUUGGGGUCACACGACUAUCGCAACUUAUGCAAGAUGGACGUCGGGAAUGGAGUCACGGAAUUCAGGAGACACCUGGUCAAGGCUGAAAUUGUGGCCUUUGAUGAUAAGGAUGCUGAUAGACCAACAUCAAUGUACUACCUGCUGAUAGAAGGAAACGCGUUCCUCUGGCACCAGAUCCGGUGCAUCAUGGGGGUGCUGCUCCUUAUCGGCCAGGGUAAGGAGUCGCCUGAUAUCAUCACGGAACUGCUUGAUGUCGAGAAGAAUCCAAGGAAGCCACAAUACAAUAUGGCGCUAGAUGCCCCGCUCAACCUAUUCCACUGCACGUACGAACUGACUGACAAGAAUCCUUGGAUUUAUGAUAAAUUGGAGCUGGCAGAGAUAUUGAUGCAUUUGCAAGGCGAGUGGACCCACAGUAGUAUACAAACGACAAUGAUUAAAGAUGUAAUUGAUGAACUGGAAAAGCAAUACACUCUAAUGCCGAGCGAGACGGAAGAUGCCGAGCUUAACGGGAGCGACAAAGACAGCAUUAUGGCCCAUUCAGACUGCCUUAUACAAGGAGUUAAGGCAAAGGUUUACACGCCUUUGUUGAAACGAGUUAAAUGUUCAAGCUUAGAAGAAAAGAUUCAACAUUACAAAAAGAAGAGAAAAGUAGGAGGGAGAGAAAAUGAAGAGGUUGAAUAAAAAAUAAAAAAAAUAUG